AUGCCCUCGUUCUGCGCUGGCAGAAGUUUUCUCGUUCUGCGCUGGCAGAAUUUUUCUCGCUCUGCGCUGGCAUCCGUCUCUUUCACAGCUCGAAUUCGGCGCUGUCUUUUCUUUGUUCUUCUCCCACCCAGCCGUCGCUCUCGCUCCCAUCCAGCCGUAUCCUCUCCCUCACUACCCGCCGUCUCCAUCCACCCCGCCAUCUCCUCUCCCUUACCUCCCCGCCGUCGCCUCUCCCUCCUCCCCGCCGUCGCCUCUCCUCCUCCCCGCCGUCGCCUCUCCUCCUCCCCGCCGUCGCCUCUCCUCCUCCCCGCCUUCGCCUCUCCUCCUCCCCGCCGUCGCCUCUCCUCCUCCCCGCCGUCGCCUCUCCUCCUCCCCGCCGUCGCCUCUCCUCCUCCCCGCCGUCGCCUCUCCUCCUCCCCGCCGUCGCCUCUCCUCCUCCCCGCCGUCGCCUCUCCCUCCUCCCCGCCGUCGCCUCUCCUCCUCCCCGCCGUCGCCUCUCCCUCCUCCCCGCGGUCGCCUCUCCCUCCUCCCCGCCGUCGCCUCUCCCUCCUCCCCGCCGUCGCCUCUCCCUCCUCCCCGCCGUCGCCUCUCCCUCCUCUCCGCCGUCGCCUCUCCCUCAUCUCCGCCGUCGCCUCUCCCUCCUCCCCGCCGUCGCCUCUCCUUCCCUCCCCGCCGUCGCCUCCGGCGACAGGUGCACGAGCGCAAGCGCGGGUUGGUGCACCAGCGCGGGUUGUUUUCUGA